UAUAGAAGUAUAUUAACAUACGGACCUGUUGCAAUUGGGCAUACACUACUUACGUUAUAUCAUUAUGCCGUCCGUUGUGUUUACUGAGGGGCUGCAACGCGAGGUGACGCGAGGGCUUGCAAAUCCACAGCUCUUUAAGAAUCAUGCAUCUUUAAAAAGAAAUUUACAAAGGCUGGUCAACGAUGCGGAAGAACGCAGACAAAAUACGAGGGAGAUGGCAAUAAGAGAGGCUAAGUUAGCUGAAGAUAAGCUGAAAUCAGACAAUAUAGUAGAGAAGGCUAGUAAACUGAAUAAAGAGAUAAAAAAUAGAGAUGAUAAGAAAGGAGUUGCGGCGGAUAAUGCCACCACAGCAAAAGAGGACAAGAAGGCAACGGGAACAAACGACAGCGUAGAUGUGUCUAAUACAAAUGAAACAGGGUCUGGAGGACUGAGUGAUUCGCUCAAAGAUCUUCUGCAAAAGAAUACAUCUGGUAAGAAGGCACCACCCAUCAAAGAGUCAUCGCUUCCUGAUGACAUCCGUGAAUCGAAAGAUACAACCUUGUUCAAAUCUCAAAGAGUCGCUGAGAAGGAGGAAACCCUUCCAGAGACUCCCAAAGUCCCUGUCACGAUACCCUUUGCGCUGGUGAAGGACUAUUGGGAAUUGGCACGAGCAGCCGAUCAGUAUGAGGGACGUUUGUUUGAGCUUUUGCUCGGAAGUGAGAUAUACGAGACACCUUACGUUCCACCGCCCAAGUGUCCAGAACUUGUGCACAGGUUGAAACGGCUCGAAAUCAUGUCACAAGAAGCAGAGUACAGGCGGAUGACCAGAAAUGUAGACACUUCUCGAAUCCGAAAAGAUGCGCAAACGGACGCUCGUGAGCUGAAGGGUGUGAAGCAACAGUUCUUCAUGCUUGUCAACGUGGUGCUAUCGGCCGGAGGUGUUUAUCUCGCUGCGUACUACGCACUUUACAACCAACUCAGCUACGGACCUCGUGUGGGUGUCUCAACAUUGGCUAUGGUCGUCGCCGUGGUAGCUGAAAUUUGGCUGUUCCUGAAGGGCGAAAUCUUCUACAACAAUUUCGAGAAGCCUUCAAAAGAUCGGGAAGAGAAGAAACGUGUGGACGCAAUGGUUAGUAGUGCGAUGGGAAACUCUGAAAAGACUAGCGCGAUGAGGAAUAGUACCGAAAGUACUGUGCUUGCAGAAGAGAGCAAAAAAGAAAGUUAAGUCACGGAUAUAAAUGCACGGCACCGUUCAAUAAAAAGUCAAGCAGAA